AUGAAUUUAAAUAGAAACCUUCGUAAAGAUCAAUGUUUACUAGUUUUGCUUAUAAUGCAAAAUGUAGAAAAUGUUACUUCAGAGCAAAAUACAUCUCAAACUGAAAAUGUUACUCCAGAGCAAAAUCUACUAUCAACUCCUGAAGGUGAUCUCAUAUCAUUCGAUGAAAACCCACAAACACUUCAGCUGAGAGAGGCAAGUGUGCCGGCAGUUGACCCUCGGAUAAGAGAAUCAGAAAUGAGUCAAAGACUCGAAGCUCAACAUCCUCGAUACUUUGCAUCAUCUAGUUCAAAGCAAAAUAGCAUGAUUAAAGAAGAUUUUUGCGCAUUACAUAACAAAUAUCAUUUUAUUAAAGCAAAUAAUGGAGAAACAAUUAUAGAAACAUACAAAAGAAUUAAUGAUGAGUCUGAAGCUAUUGCUAAAAAAACCAAUGAUAGAAUUGAUAUGU